GCUUCCUCCAUGCUCUGGAAGUUGAUCAGGCCACCCUCUCUUACUGGGAAAUGUCAAUCAAUCCGGGCCUAUACGACCACCACUGUGGAGAGCGCUGGAGAGGUGAAGUACUUCCCGCCGUAGUUAUGUGAGCAUCCUGUAUCAUAAUUAAGAUUUUAUGAGCAGAAAUCCCCAUCAAAGAAGCCGAGCUAUACCAACAUGUCGCAUUACCGCGGCAUGGGUGCAUAUACUUCCAGUCCAACCUGGAAUCAAGACCAGAAUAUACCAGAUCCAUUCCAAUAUAGAGCCCAGACUGUGGAAGUCGGCCCGCAUUUGCCUUCGGUCCACUGACCCAUUCACGAUACUGACACUCAAAUACAAAAUUGAGAAUAUGUCAGAAUAUGCCAGAUCCAUCGCGCAGAACGAGAUGAAAUGGGCGCAAGCGCACGUACAACCAAAAAUCAACGUUCAACUAGUGGGGAAGCAACCAGAAACAGCAGAUGAUUACAUCUUACUGCUAGAGCGACAUCUCGAGCUCGUGCCCUUCCUGAUUCAAGAUCCUUUGGGCCACGAACCUCCAAACCAGCUGUUAUAUUCUGAUCUACUCCUGGACAAUAUCUUCGUGGACCCUUCAAUCAACAUCACGGCCGUGAUUGACUGGCAGCAUACAGUUGCGUUGCCAGUUGAUCAACAGCAACUGUUUCCGCAAAUGCUGGAGCCAACGUCAGCGGGGGCAGGAGAAGGCGACGACUCACUCUGCAAGGCUUACCUCACCAAGGUCAAGAGCCUGAGUCUCAGGCGAUGAAAAGCGCUUACUGGACCGUAUUGCAGAAUCAGAACGGGACCAGCAUUGCUGGUACUAGGCUGCUGGGAGCGAGACGACCUUUUCUCUCUCCGCCACUCACUUAUCUCGGUGGUCGCUCACUGGGACACUAUAUGCAAAAGUGGAGUUAAAUAUCCGAUCAAUUUUACUACCCAUGAGCUCCAACAACAUGACAAGGAGAUGGAGCCUAUCGAGGGUGUUUAUCGGUCAUAAACCAGCUUCAGGA